AUGGCUAGCUCUUCCUUGCUCUGCCUCACCCUUCUCUCCCUUGUCCUUUUCCACAAUUGCUUUGCUCAGAUCGAGCAAAUGCCUCUGCGGUCGAGGCAGCAGAUGCAGCAGAGGAAGCAGCAACAGCGGUGGCAAACCGAGUGCCGCCUCGACCGCCUCAACGCCCUCCAGCCCUCUCGGCGCGUCGAGUCUGAGGCCGGCAUCAGCGAGUACUGGGACCUCGAGAACGAAGACGAGCUCCAGUGCGCCGGUGUCUCCGCCGUCCGCCAUACCAUCCACCGUAGAGGACUUCUCUUGCCUUUCUUCACAAAUGCACCAGAUCUCACCUACAUAAUCCAAGGUAGGGGAAUUCAAGGAGCUGUGAUCCCUGGUUGUCCCGAGACUUAUGAAUCAGGACAAUCACAACAAUCACAGAGAUCUCAACAGCAGCACCAAAAGGUUCGAGAAAUCCGCGAAGGCGACAUCGUUGCCGCACCUGCCGGAGUGGCUCAAUGGUUCUACAACAACGGCGACUCGCCGCUUGUUUUGGUCUCCUUCGUCGACGUCGGCAACCAGGCUAACCAGCUCGAUCUAUCCGCUAGAAGAUUCCACCUUGGUGGUAACCCACAAAAGGAUCAAAGAACCGAGCAAGAAAUGCGCCUCCAGAGCCGUAGCCGAAGAAGUGAGAAAGGUGCCGGUGAGCGACGGAACCCUAACGGCAACAUCUUCAGCGGUUUCGACGUCAAAAUCUUGGCGGAGUCUUUCAACAUCGACACCGAGUUGGCGAGGAAGCUCCAGAGCAAGAACGACAGGAGGGAGAGGAUCGUCCGAGUGAGGGACGAGCUUCAGAUCUUAAGUCCCUCCAGGAUCCAUGAGGAAGAACGCCGUCAUGAAUACCGAAGGGGAUACGAUUACGAAGAGUACAACGGCAUGGAAGAGACAUUCUGCACUCUGAGGAUGAGGCACAACAUCGACCGCCCGUCGCGGGCCGACAUCUUCAACCAAAAAAAAAAAAAAACUAGAGAGAGAGAUAUAGAACUUGGGUUCUGUUGGCAGACAAAUUUCGCCAACAAAGCCGUACCAGGUUACCUCGCAGUAUCCCGCUUGGUUACUUGUUCGGAAUUGGACGACCCCAUCCUAAGGGAAGUCGACGAUUACGCAGCGGAGGCAGGGAUCGACAGUGUCGAUGCUUUGGUCGACGGAAAUGAAAGCGGUGAAGGUUCCUUGGUAGGGGGAGAGAUGCGUGGAUUCACCGCCGCAUUCGUGGAUGCCCCGCUAGCCGGUAUGAGCGGGGAUCCCGACAGGCCAAUCUUUACGGCCGAUGUGACGGUGCUGAGAAUUCAGAGUAGGGAUAUUGUCCGUGCAUAUAAAGAUGGGUGCAUUGAUAGGAGGUGGUUUGACUACUUUCUUCCGGAUGCAAACUUUAGGUCCAAGUGCGACGGGUGA